AUGGGGAACGCCGCGUGCGCGCACUACUCCGCCUCGGCCAAGGUCAUCAACGGCGCCGGAGAGAUCGAGGAGUACGUUGGCCGCCGCCCGGUGCGGGCUGGCGAGGUCAUGGUGGAGCACCCGGGGCAGUUUGUGUGCGACGCCGGGCGCCUCGGCGUGGGGUACCGAGUUCCGGGGCUGGCGGCGGACGAGGAGCUCGAAAGGCGGCGCCUUUACUUCUUGCUGCCGAUGGACAUGCUUUUCUCGGUGCUGACAGAGGAGGAGAUGGAGGCGCUAGCGAGCCGGGCGGCGGCGGCCAAGAGCUACUUCGGGCGGAGGAUUUUUCCGGCGUUGAGUGACUUCAGCUUGGUACGGGAUGAAGUAAAGCACGUCAGGAAUGAGCCGGCGACGAGGAAGCGAACGGCGCGGCAACGGUCGUGGACCCCGGCGUUGGAAACCAUUGAAGAGGUUCCCUGA